GAUUUUCCUCGUGCUGGUGAUUGUUCGGAAUUUAUGUUUAUUAUGCUGGAGUAUUAAUGAAUAGAAAAAUCAAUUUAGGAUAGAAGCAUUAGAGACUUGACUCAGCUCUUCAGUAUAUUCAUCGGGGUGAAAAGUUCUAGAAGGAGACAGCUUAUUGUAAUUGGAAACAGAAACUAUUUGCUGCUCCAAUUAGAGAAUUUCUGUUCUAGUUCCUUUCCUGCUUAUAAUUAUAUGUUAUUGCUUCUCCAGUAUGCUAGUUUUGGCUUAUGGCUAUCAUUGAUCUGAGUUGCUGCUGGUGGAGUGGAGGAUUUUAUUAUACAUAUUUGUUGAUAAUGUGUUAUCAAUACUUAUCAUUGCCACUACCUGAACAUAAAAUCAACCAUUUAUAUUAAAGUACUUUAUCUUGGAAAGGUUAGGCCUAGUCUCAAAAUUAAACAUAUGCUCACAUCAAACAAGAAUCCGCACUAAAAUGGAUCUUCUCAGUAAAGCAUACUCAACUGCUUCCGAUUCCGAUGAGGAUGGUGGCGCUGGGAGGAAAGAUGGUGGUGGUGGAGUACCAGAGCAAUGGGGUCCAUUGCCGCCUCCUCCGAAACGCCUCAGACCCAAAAAGUUAUCGACGAGUCAGAUCCAGAUGGCCACAUUUCCUCCGCCAAGUCACCACGCAGAAGCCCCGAUUGCUGGAAGAUAUAUAUCCAAGCGGCAAAGAGCAGCCACCUUGGAUCCUAUACCAACUACCGGGAACCGGAGUUACAUAGCACCUUCACCAGUGAAGGGAAGCAUUUCUGUUACAGAUGUACCACAUGCUAUUUUGACAACACUGCAGCGUCGUACGAAAGCCUGCCAAAAUCUAGUGUCUCUUUCUGCUGCUCUGGAUGGGCACACGAGCUCUGUCAACACGGUGCAGUGGUCCACAACUCAUGCUCAUCUUCUUGCAUCUGCCAGCAUGGAUCAUACUGUGAACAUAUGGAAUGUAUGGAGUGGAGGUCAGAAACGAGCAUGUACGUUUGACUAUCAUCGUGCAGCUGUAAAAGAUGUGAAAUGGUCUCAUCUGGGAUUAUCUGUACUCUCUUGUGGUUAUGAUUGCACAUCCAGAUUGGUUGAUGUUGAAAAGGGAAUGGAGAUUAAGGUUUUUAAGGAGGACCAAAUAGUACAAGUUGUAAGAUUUUCUCCAAACAACUAUGAUCUUUUUAUUUCUGGGGGAUCAAAAGGUCACCUCAAACUGUGGGAUAUUAGGACUGGGACAGUGGUCCAUGAAUAUGUCCGCAGUCUUGGCCCAAUCCUUGACGUAGAAUUUACUGUUGACGGCUUGCAGUUAAUGACCUCAAGUGAUGUGUCUAAAAGCAAUAUCAGUGAAAAUUCAAUUAUAGUUUGGGAUGUUUCACGGCAAGUUCCUUUAUCCAAUCAGGUUUACGCAGAAGCUUACACAUGCCCUUCUAUAAGAUGCCACCCAUUUGAGCCAUAUUUUAUUGCACAAUCCCAUGGAAACUACAUAGCUAUAUUCUCUUCCAGACCACCGUUUAAACUUGACAAGUAUAAGAGAUACGAAGGUCAUGGUGUCUCUGGUUUCCCUGUCAAGUGCAAUUUCAGUUUGGAUGGGAAUUUGGUGGCCUCUGGAUCCUCUGAUGGCUGUAUCUACUUUUAUAACUCUAAAACGUCUGAACUUCUAAGCAAGGUAAAGGCAUACGAGCAGGCAUGUAUAGAUGUUGUAUUCCACCCUGUCUUGCCUAAUGUAGUUGCUAGCUGUAGCUGGAAAGGCGAGAUCUCCGUUCUCCACAAAGAUAGAAAUAACAAUUGGAAAGUCUCACCAUGAAUUGCUUGAGCAUGCUGAAUCAGAUUGGAAAGUCAAGAAUCUGAAUGAUGUACUUAGCUCUUAUGGGAACUCCGGACAAACCAGAGACUUAAGCAAAAGCAAACGUGUAAACACUCAAUGACUGGAUCAGAUGCUGAAAAUGAUUCUCUGUGGUGCUGGGAAAUAUGGUGUGUUUGGAAUGCUGCAUGAUAGGAAACAUGAAAGAAAUAUGGGAGAAAGUUCAUUGUUGUAUUGCUUAAAAAGAUAGUCUACAAGGACUACAUAAUCAGCUAUAUAUGCAUAGCAUAGGAAGGAUCUAGACAUUAUCCAUCACUGAAAGACAAAGACACUAACUAACUAUGGAAUAUAUACACAGAAUAUUAUUAACAAGAUUGCAACAAAAUAUUGUUGGUUUUCAGAGAUGAGUUGGCAUCGUCAAUUCUAUCCAUUUUGAUGUGAUGAUCUAGAACAGAUACUGCGAGCUUUCCACGUAGGCCAUCCAUCGAAUCAUCAUUGGAAGUGGCACAUGUGUGAGAUGGAUUAUGUGAGCUAACACUGCAUAUCAGCUAUCAGUUGCUACACCCUGAAUCCUUCUAAAUUUCAGAAAACCUUGGAGAAGAAGAAGCAGAAGAACGAAGGCAAGCAGAACAAGGAAGGCUGUAUUUGAUUUAUUCUACCAUUAUUAUAACGUUAAAUCCAUGUAGUUGUAUGUUAUUACACACAUUAAAUAAAAUUAAUGACUAACUAAUAACCUGACUGCAUAUUUGUUAA